ACGCCUCAAUUCAACAAAUGGUAAAUCUUCCUAAUUCGUUAGAUAACUAUUUCAAAUAUUCACUCCUUAUAUACCGCCCCACCUUACUACUUCUGUGAUACACAAAGCUAGUCAUUCUGAAUUAUCACUCUCACUCUGAUCACUCUCAGUCAUUAUCUCUAGCCAACAAUGGCAGCAUUAUUCACUAAGUUUCAUGCAUUCUUUCUCUUCCUUCUCCUUCUAUCUUUCGCAUUACAAGUUGUUUCCGGUGAGGAUUCUCAAUGUGUGACCGAAUCUACACCUGGUUGUCACGACAAAUCCAAGGCGUUAAAACUCAAUCUCAUUGCUAUUGCUGCCAUUUUAAUCUUUAGCAUGAUUGGUGUGUGCCUUCCACUAUUCACACAAUCCUUUCCAGCUCUUAACCCUGAUUCCAAAGCAUUUUCUAUUAUCAAAGCAUUUGCCUCUGGUGUAAUUCUCGCUACUGGCUACAUGCAUGUUUUGCCUGAUUCCUUCGCUUGCUUACAGUCCGACUGUUUGCCUCGUCACCCUUGGAAAAAAUUUCCAUUUUCAACAUUUGUGGCUAUGCUAUCUGCCUUGUUAACCCUAAUGCUAGACUCACUUGCAAUGUCUUAUCACACCGGCAAACCUAAAGCUCAUGCGGAUUUUGGAAGCAGCAGGGAUUUGAAAAAGGCAGCAGCCACCACUGAAUUACACACUACUGCUGGGAAUGGCGAAUUGGUGCACAAUGAUAGUCAUUCCAAAUUGUUAAGGCAUCGUGUUGUCGCUCAGGUUUUAGAAGUGGGGAUUGUGGUGCACUCAGUGGUGAUUGGGCUCUCAUUGGGUGCCUCACAUAAUCCAUGCAUGAUCAGACCACUCAUUAUUGCUAUGUGCUUCCAUCAGCUCUUUGAAGGAAUGGGUCUAGGAGGAUGCAUACUACAGGCCGAUUAUAAAUUGAAGAUGAACAUGAUAAUGGUGUUCUUUUUCUCGAUUACAACACCAUUUGGCAUCGCUCUAGGGCUGUGCCUAUCAAACAUUUAUAGUGAGAACAGCCCAAUAGCUCUUAUUGUGGUGGGAGUAUUGGACGCAGCAUCAGCGGGUAUAUUGAACUAUAUGGCGUUGGUUAAUCUCCUUGCUGUUGAUUUCAUGGGGUCCAAGUUGCAACAAAACGUAACGCUUCAAAUGCUAGCUUUUCUUGCUGUUUUUCUUGGUGCUGGAGGCAUGUCCUUGUUGGCAAAAUGGGCUUAAAAAGGGUAGUGUAACUGUGAAGCACAAAACUUUUUUUUUUUU